AUGGCCACCAACAGCGAAGACCCCGACCAUUAUGGCGCCUUGGUUAUAGGUUCCGGCCAAGGAGGGACCCCGCUCACCAUGUCCCUCGCCAAAGCUGGCCAUCGCACCCUCCUCAUCGAAGCCACGCAUAUCGGCGGCACCUGCAUCAAUGAGGGCUGCACCCCCACCAAAACGAUGGUCUCCUCCGCCCGCAUCGCGGCUCUAACGACGCGCGGACCCGACUACGGCGUGCGCUACAAACGCUCCUCCCUCGCGCUCGACAUGGAAACGGUCCGCAAGCGCAAGCGCGACAUCGUCGACUCGUUCCGCUCCGGCGGCGAGAGCCGGCUCACCAACCAAGACAACGUCGAGAUUCUGUUCGGGCGUGCCCGCUUCGUGGGGGAGCGCACCGUUGAAGUCACGCGGAAGGACGGCAACGGCAGCGGCAACGGCAACGACGGCACGAAGCGCACCGUCAAGGCGGAUCGCGUCUUUGUCAAUGUGGGCUGUCGCCCGGCGGGGCUGCAGGCAAAGAAUGCCGACAAGGUGGCGUGUCUGGACAGCACAAGCAUCAUGGAACUGGGCGAGGUGCCGCGGCAUUUGGUCGUGGUGGGGGGCGGGUACGUGGGCAUCGAGUUCGCGCAGAUGUUCCGGCGCUUCGGGGCCAAAGUCAGCGUCGUGCAAAGGGGCAAGAGGCUGCUGCCGCGCGAGGACGAGGAUGUGAGUGACGCAGUAAGGAAGAUCUUGACCGAAGACGGCGUCGAGAUCUUCACCGAGGCGGAGACCAAGGAGAUCUCCAACGUGCCCACGGGGCAGAUCGUGUUGGGCGUCGGACUCCCGGGCGGCAACGUGAAGACCCUGCUGUGCUCUCACGUCCUCGUGGCCGGAGGCCGCGUCCCCAACACGACCGACCUCGACUGCGACGCCGCCGGCAUCCAGCUCGACGAGCGCGGCUUCAUCAAGGUGAACGGCGAACUCGAGACCAGCGCCGACAACGUCUGGGCCCUCGGAGACGUCAAAGGCGGCCCGCAGUUCACGCACGUCAGCUACGACGACUUCCGUAUCCUCGAGCACAACCUCGUCACCUCGAGAAACUCCAAGCCCAAAUCCACAGAGGGCCGCCUCGUCCCCUACACCGUCUUCAUGGACCCGCAACUCGGCCGCGUGGGCCUCACGCUCGCGGCCGCGCAGCACGUCUUCCCCCAGCGCAAGCUGCAGGUGGCCAAGAUGCCGAUGGAGUGGGUGGCGCGGGCGCUCGAGACGGCGGAGACGAGGGGAUUCAUGAAGGCGGUGGUGGAUGAGGAGACGCGGGAGAUUCUGGGGUUUGCGUGUCUGGGUAUUGAGGGCGGGGAGGUCAUGAGCCAGGUGCAGAUUGCGAUGAUGGGCGGGUUGACGUAUGAUAAAUUAAGGGACGGCAUCUUUGCGCACCCGUGCUUGAGUGAGGCGCUGAACAAUUUGUGGGGGACGCUGGAGAAGGCUUGA